GGCUACGCCAUUAAUUACUCCGUUGAGUGAAAAAAGAAUGUCAAUUGACUAAUAAAAUAAGUAGAACAUCAUCAACCUUAAUUAUUAAUCAAGUCAUCCUAUAUAAUACAUAGUUUAUUUUCCAUCCAUCCAGUUUUGUUUGGCACACUGACCCAAAUUCGAUGGCGUGGACCAGAUGGAGGUUGUCAUAGAUCAAUUCUAACAGAUCUCGACACAAAUCGCCCCACGCUCGCGCCUCUGCUCUGCUCAUCGCAAUCCUCCUCCUCGUCUUCCAGACCAACUGUCAAUUUCUCCCCCUUUUAUCGAUUACCCUGUUUACAAGCAUCUAGGCAGUGGCGUAGCCAGACUUCAAGUUAACUGGGGUCCUAAAAAUUUGUAAUGCUAGAAUCUAUGCCUUGAAUAGAGUUUGAGUUGAUUGGGGUUCUUAAAAAUAGCUAAAAUUAAUAAGAGUAUGGGUGUCCUAAGUUUGAAGAAUCGGCUAAAACACCUACGUAUCUACUGAAUUUUUUUUUGCCUAAUUUUUCUGUCCCACUCCUCCACACUUGUCUCCCCACUGCAUCUAGGGUUACAUAUAAGGAGCAUUCUCCUUACUUGGUAUGUAAACCAUUCAAGAGAAGGAAACCGCAAGUGAUGGGCUGGGCCAACAAGAGAUUCAAACGAAAAUCCUUCUAUAGACUGCGGCUGGCCGGCGGCAGCAGCGAGGGAAUUUUACGCUUUCGGAAGGACAGAUGGAGAGCUGAGGCGGGCAGCACAUUGGUGAUGAGUGGGCCUUAGUCUGCCUUAUUCCUGGGCUAAACAAUAGGUCCAGGUCUGCGAAAAAGGAAUGGGCCUAACCGUAACCCAAUCCCAAACCGACGACGCACCUUAUCGAUAGCGGACGCUCAGUUGCCGGAUCCGGAUCGAAUUCAGUAUCCGAAUCACCGUCACUGCACUGACCUGUCCGUUUGAGCUGAAAAUCAAAAUUCAUCAGCGCUUCAACUCCACUUCCCGUCAAUUAGGGUUUAUUCGCACCUGGCGCAGCUACUUGAUCAAUUCAAGAUCUCAUUCCAGCGUCGGAGUAAUCUCGGGAAACCAUGUCCAAGAGGAAAUUCGGAUUCGAAGGAUUCGGCAUCAACCGUCAAUCGAGCUACAACUUCGAGCAAUCUCAAGCUCCACAGCGGCUCUACGUCCCGCCUUCCUCUCGCCACGGCCAUGACAACUACGAAGACACGGACCUGGACGACAUCGAUUACGACGAGAAUGAAAACGCCCCCAAGGAUGCGGCCGGCGAUGACGACAACAAAAAUGGCGCCGUCGACGAGGAAGAAAUCGACCCUCUGGAUGCUUUCAUGGAAGGUAUACACGAAGAGAUGAAAGCAGCGCCCCCGCCGAAGCCUAAGGAAAAGGUGGAUAAGUAUAGGGAUGACGAGGAAGAUGACCCCAUGGAGAGCUUCCUGAGGGCGAAGAAAGAUGUCGGGUUGACGUUGGCGGCGGAUGCUCUUAAUGCUGGAUACAAUUCCGACGAGGAGGUUUAUGCUGCGGCGAAAGCUGUGGAUGCAGGAUUGCUGGAUUAUGAUUCGGAUGAUAAUCCGGUGGUGGUUGAUAAGAAGAAGAUUGAGCCCAUUGCAGCUUUGGACCAUAGUUCCGUGGAUUACGAACCCUUUAACAAGGAUUUCUAUGAGGAAAACCAAUCCAUAGCAGCGAUGAGCGAGCAGGAGGUAGCUGAGUAUAGGAACACUCUAGCUAUCCGAGUUUCAGGUUUUGAUGUUCCCAGGCCAGUUAAGACGUUCGAAGAUUGUGGAUUUUCAGCACAGCUUAUGGGUGCUAUUACCAAACAAGGAUAUGAAAACCCAACGCCCAUUCAACGGCAAGCUUUCCCAAUCGUCCUGUCUGGGAGAGACAUAAUCGGGAUUGCGAAAACUGGUUCUGGUAAGACUGCUGCUUUUGUACUUCCUAUGAUUGUACAUAUUAUGGAUCAACCCGAGCUUCAGAAAGAAGAAGGGCCAAUUGGGGUGAUAUGUGCACCUACUAGGGAGUUAGCUCACCAGAUAUACUUGGAGGCAAAGAAAUUUGCUAAACCAUAUGGGUUGCGAGUCUCUGCUGUCUAUGGUGGAAUGUCUAAGCUUGAGCAGUUCAAAGAACUGAAAGCUGGUUGUGAAAUAGUUGUUGCUACUCCAGGUAGAUUAAUAGACAUGAUUAAAAUGAAAGCGGUGAAUAUGUCUAGAGGGACUUGCUUGGUACUUGAUGAGGCAGACAGGAUGUUUGACCUUGGAUUUGAGCCUCAAAUAAGGUCUAUCGUUGGUCAGAUUAGGCCAGAUAGGCAGACUCUACUCUUUUCAGCUACCAUGCCUUACAAAGUUGAGAAGCUGGCCAGAGAGAUUCUUUCUGACCCUGUCAGAGUUACAGUGGGGGAGGUUGGGAUGGCCAAUGAGGAUAUUACUCAAGUAGUCCAAGUUAUUCCAUCUGAUGCAGACAAGCUUCCCUGGCUUCUCGAGAAGUUACCUCCAAUGAUUGAUGAUGGAGAUGUCCUAGUGUUUGCCUCUAAAAAGGCCAUGGUUGACGAGAUAGAGUCGCAGUUGGUUCAGAAGGGGUUCAAAGUUGCAUCCCUUCAUGGUGACAAAGAUCAGGCUUCAAGGAUGGAGAUCUUGCAGAAAUUUAAGUCGGGUGUUUACCAUGUCCUUAUUGCAACCGAUGUGGCUGCUCGUGGGCUCGAUAUUAAAUCGAUUAAGUCGGUUGUGAAUUUCGAUAUUGCCAAAGACAUGGACAUGCAUGUGCAUCGUAUUGGUAGGACUGGUCGUGCUGGUGACAAGGAUGGAAUUGCUUAUACACUUAUCACUCAGAAAGAGGCACGAUUUGCAGGAGAGUUGGUCAACAGUUUGGUUGCUGCUGGUCAAAAUGUCUCUGCUGAACUUAUGGAUCUUGCUAUGAAGGAUGGAAGAUUCAGGUCCAAACGAGAUGCAAGAAAGGGAGGUGGUAAGAAGGGCAAAGGCAGGGGCGGUGGAGGUAAUCGAGGAGUCCGCGGCGUGGAUUUUGGUCUGGGAAUCGGCUACUCUCCUGAUUCCAGUUGGUCCUCGUCUCAGGAUAGACCCGGUAGAUCAGCAGCUGUCAAUUCGAUCCGGACAGGGAUGAUGGGACAGUUCAAGAGCAACUUUGUCGCUGCUUCGUCGAAUUCUCAAAACCAGGGAUUCAACAAUAACAAUCAUGGUCCAAGUCAUGUUCCCAGCACAAGGCCUGCAUUACGCGGGUUCGUUUCAGGUGGUUCAAUAGGAGGUGAUGCAAACCGAAUUCAGACACCCAGUAGUACCACAUUAUCUGGAUUUGCCUCUGCUGGUUCAAUUACCGGUGAUGCAAACAGAAGUCAAAACUCAUCAGGAAAUACCAGUCAGAAAACACCAGAAAGUUCGAGAAGCAAAGGCAGAGAACGGCGGAGACCCUCUGGUUGGGACAAUUGACGUAACGUGAUAGUUCGUUCCCCUCUACCACCCACAUGAACAAGCGCGAGCCUUGUGGGAUAGAGUUUGUAGUUUGCUGUAUGAUUCGAGUGCAUCUUUAUACGAACUCUCUUCUGGGAGAUCUUGUUUUUGGUUAACUCGGAAUGAUGUUGUAUUUGUUCAUAGUUGUAUAAAUUGAUUGGCAUUAGCGAUGUCAUAAUCACUUUAUUAAAUGCUGCUGUAACUUUGACCGAAUUUCCUCUUCGGUCUGAGAUUAGUAUUGCACAAUACACUUAUCGCUUUUGG